UUGCUGAAAAAUUCUGAGAUUAAACAUAAUGUUGCCACGCAGAAGCCUUAUGCCGAGUGGGUACAGAAAGGUACCGUGACGCUCCCAACCGAAAAAAAUGAGGCGUGUGCCACGACAGAUGCUGUCCCUGAACAAUUGGCGACAUACCAGAAAGCUUUCGGCUAUAUGACUGAAGAUGUGGAGCGCUUUAUUAAACCCAUGGUAACGGAAGCGAAGGAAGCAGUCGGUUCAAUGGGCGAUGACACACCACCCGCUGUGAUUUCUCGCCAUCCGCGUUUGCUCUAUAGUUACUUUAAACAGCGUUUCGCGCAGGUUACGAAUCCACCUAUCGAUUCCAUCCGGGAACGUUUGGUGAUGUCCCUGACAACACAUCUUGGACAACAGCAGAGUUUGCUCACGGAAACGCCAGAGCAUGCUCGACUUAUUCGGUUACCCUCGCCAAUUUUGACAAACACAGAUUUACAAGCGUUGCGUGAACUGAAUAUACCUGAUUUUCGGAUAGCAACCCUCUCUGCCUGCUUCCCCGUAGCCUCUGGCAAACAAGGUUUGGAAGAAGCAUUAGAAACACUAUGUCAACGCGCCUUCGAGGCAAUUGAUACCGGAACAACAAUUCUUGUGCUGAGUGACAAAGAGGUUAGUCCUGACCUUGCUCCGAUUCCGAUGGCACUUGCUGUCGGUGCUGUCCACCACCAUUUAAUUCGGAAAGAAAAGCGAAUGCAGGCAAGCCUCAUCGCUGAAACCGGAGAUGCAAGAGAAGAACAUCACUUCGCUGUUCUUCUCGGUUACGGGGCAGCUGCAAUCAACCCUUAUCUUGCCUUCUCAACGAUUGUUCAACUUGCUGAGGAAGGUGAAUUCGCAGAGCUUACCGCACCGGAAGCCAUUGAAACCUAUAAAGAAACCAUCGAAAAAGGUGUUUUGAAAAUUAUGGCAAAGAUGGGAAUUUCGGCGGUGUCAAGUUAUCACGGUGCCCAGAUUUUUGAAGCUCUUGGUAUCAAUGCAACGGUUAUUGAUAAAUGUUUUACAGGCACCACCUCACGCUUAAGUGGUAUUGGCUUUGCUGAAAUCGCAGCAGAGACGCUCCACUUCCACACAAAAGCGUUUUCCGGAAGUGAAGGCGAUACGUCCUUAGAGGAAGCAGGCUAUUUCCGGUUUCGUAGAAAUGGCGAAUUCCAUGCCUAUAAUCCGACAGUAUUUAAGUCACUGCACCGAUUUGUGAAGGAUGGUAAGCCGGAGGACUAUGAAAAAUAUGCUGCUGCCGUUGAGAGUGGGGAACCUUCCAGCUUACGAGAUCUGCUUGCUUUCAAACCCAGCACUCCUAUUCCGAUUGAAGAGGGAGUGGAGAAGGCGGUGAAAACAGCACAGCGCUUCAAGCGGCAACCCAAUGGCGACCUUGCUUCCAGUGCCAUCAAACAAGUGGCAUCCGGACGUUUCGGUGUGACGCCAACAUACCUCAUAUCGGCAAAAGAACUGGAAAUUAAGAUGGCGCAAGGUUCAAAACCGGGAGAAGGCGGACAGAUUCCAGGACAUAAGGUGACAGCUGAAAUCGCUGCUCUUCGACACUCUGUGCCAGGAGUGCCACUGAUCUCACCACCCCCACAUCAUGACAUCUACUCCAUCGAAGAUUUGGCGCAGCUCAUCUACGAUCUGAAACAAGCGAACCCGCGCGCAAAGGUAGCUGUAAAACUGGUGUCCGAAUUUCUCGUUGGAACGAUUGCGUCAGGGGUGGCAAAGGGCUACGCUGAUGUAAUACAAAUAAGUGGACAUGAAGGAGGCACCGGGGCAUCCCCGCUCAGUUCCAUUAAGAACGCAGGGACCCCUUGGGAACUCGGACUUGCUGAAACACAGCGUGCACUCGUGACCAAUGAAUUGCGGGAUCGUGUCGUGUUACGGGCUGACGGUGGGAUGCGUUCCGGACGCGAUAUUGUUAUUGCCGCAAUGUUGGGGGCAGAGGAAUAUGGCUUUGGAACGAUAGCAAUGGUCGCCACAGGAUGUGUGAUGGCGCGCCAAUGCCACUUGAAUACAUGUCCAGUUGGUAUAGCUACCCAAGAUCCAGCACUCCGUGCAAAAUAUCUCGGCACUCCUGAAAUGGUUGUCAAUUUCAUGCUCGGUGUGGCAAAUGAGGUGCGAGCUAUCCUCGCCAACCUCGGUCAUCGGUGCCUGAACGAUAUUAUCGGAUGUCCAGAAUUGCUUCAACCGGUCGAUUUGGCAGAUUAUCCGAAAACAGGAACGUUGGAUUUGAGCGAAAUCCUGACCCCUGCCGAUCCAACUGGAACGCAGCCGCGUUACCAUCUACAAGACCGAAACAAUCGGAAUGACAUUUCUCUUGACGACCAGAUUCUGGAGGAUGCUAAGGAAGCAAUUUCGCAGCAAACAUCGAUCCAACUCUCCUAUCCCAUCCGGAAUACACACCGGACAGUGGGAGCAAAGUUAUCCGGUGAAAUCGCGAUGCACUAUGGCGAUGCUGGCUUACCUGACAGGACGAUCCAGUGCGACUUUAGGGGCAGUGCGGGACAGAGUUUCGGUGCUUUCUGUAUCAGCGGCGUGCAAUUCGUGUUGACGGGUGAAGCCAAUGACUAUGUAGGUAAAGGUAUGGCAGGUGGAGAAAUUAUUAUUAAACCCGCACCGACUGCUCAGUUCUCAACUUAUGAAAAUACAAUCAUCGGAAACACAGUGUUGUACGGUGCCACUGGUGGUACGCUUUACGCAGCCGGAAGAGCCGGCGAACGGUUCUGUGUCCGAAAUAGCGGGGCAACCGCUGUCGUUGAAGGUGUCGGGGAUCACGGUUGUGAAUACAUGACAGCGGGGACAGUCGUAAUUCUCGGCGAAACGGGUAGAAACUUUGGAGCCGGGAUGACCGGCGGCACUGCCUAUGUUCUCGACGAAAAACAACAGUUCGAGAAGAAGUACAACUCGGAUUGGGUGAAGUUAGAAAAGUUUUCAGUUUUCUUCCGAGACCGCGAAAGCGAUUUCAAGCCCCUCUGUUUUACUGGAGCGCUGUUUCGCUCAUUCUACGACAUCAAUGACGACACCGUGUUUCGCACGCUUAUCCGCUUUGAUAAUUAA